AUGAGACUCCUGGAUGCAAACACCCUCGAGGUGGUGGAGUUCAUGGAUCAUAGCGUCCCAAAAUAUGUGAUUCUGUCCCAUACCUGGGUUACAGGAGAAGAAGUUACCCUCCAAGAUAUGCAGGAUAACAAAGGGAUGGAACGAUCCGGAUACAACAAAAUCAAACAAGCAUGCGCCUUGGCUCUCAAGAAUUGUUAUGGGUAUGCGUGGGUUGAUACAUGCUGUAUUGACAAGACCAGCAGCGCAGAACUAUCAGAAGCUAUCAACUCAAUGAUGAGCUGGUAUGAACGAUCGGAAAUAUGUUAUACGUAUUUAUCAGAUGUUCCUCCAGGCACCAACAUUCACGACCCAGAAUCGUCAUUUGCGAAGAGCCGUUGGUUUGAACGAGGCUGGACGCUCCAAGAACUCAUAGCCCCGUCGAGGCUCAUAUUUCUCUAUGACGAUUGGUCCGUCAUGUCCGAAAGAGAUGAUAUUGUCGAUAUUAUCACGCAAAUCACUGGCAUAGACCAGACAUUUCUAUCUGCUCCGCCGACCCCGACAGACGGCCGUUUGCAAUCCCGACUCCAUGCAGCAAGUAUUGCCGAAAAGAUGAGCUGGGCUUCGGAGCGUAAAACAACUCGAAUUGAGGACACAGCAUACUGCCUACUAGAGGAGAUUAUGAAGCGUUCGGAUGACCAAACAUUAUUGGCCUGGUACCUCCCAGAAGAUGGCCCCAACGAGUCGGGAGUGCUUGCUAGAUCUCCAGCUGCAUUUGCAAAUUGCAAGGACUUUAUCCCUUGUGAUGUGGGCAUUCCAACCCCGCCAUUCCAGAUCACCAACAAGGGCCUACGCAUCGAAAUGCCAGUUUCCAGCGAGGACUUUAGUGAUGGGAGAUAUGCUCUUCUGCAAUGCAGGAAGAAACAAGACCCCACAACCAUGAUUGCGAUCCCCUUGAACGGCGGUCACAAUGGCCUAUAUGUGCGGAGCAGAAGGCCAUUGAAGAUUCUGAGCUAUCAAUACUGGAGCGCAUGGUCAUUUACCCCAGUCAAUCUACUCCCAAGCGUCUCUUUUGCCAGCAGCAUUGUCCAGUCACCGAGCUACAUAGUCUUUUUGGAGUCCAUUCCAGAGAACUUCUAUAUCGCAGAGGUCUAUCCGCCAAAUGAACCGCAGCAGCCUGACCCACGAAUCAUCAUGACGGGCACCCCUGAAGACGAGGACCAAGGUGCCCGUAGGGCCGCUUUGGUUCUAGUUAGGAGCUUUCUCAACGAUGUAGAGCCAUUUGUUGUGAGAAUCGAGGUAGAACCAGCGCCACAAAAGGAAAAAGUUGGGACAGAAUCUCAUCUCGAUGCCACCAUCAGAUUCGUCGAGGGUUAUGGUAGACCCUUCUUUGACGGUGUUUCCCUUGCCAGCUCGUUGAAUGGUUGCCCUCACCAAGUUCUCUUCUCUUGGACAACAAGGCAACAACAAGGCUACAAUAUUGGUUUGAGCCGCGAGCACCACUUUGGAAAGAGGCUGUUUGUUGCCGAAAUUAGGGAACAAGGUGGCGACAGACAUCGCCCCGAUUGGCGUCUCUUCGACGAGGAUAAAUUCACGCUUCUUGAGAAAGGGUGGACGCAGGCCUUACAACGGUUACACUGUCAUGCUCGAAGCAGUGCUCGUGCCGUUAUUCGGUCACUUGCCCUUUCGCCAUGGAUGUUCACGUUUAUCGUCGAUUCCUUGAUCCACAGGGCCAUCGAACCGCUCGAUUUAAUGAUAAACCAUAUCGAGAAGCAUUUCAAAGGAUAUUCAAUUGGGGUGGGCGUAGCACUGUUUCUAAGGUUUUAUCUCCGCUAUGCUCCCUGGAGGAGGCUUCAGAACUUUGCAGCGUUCCGUCGGGUUCGGACCAAUUCUUACGACUUCGUCCUUUUUUACCUUUGCUGCAAGCUUCUUCCCUCAGAGCUACUAGAAGCUAUUCUUGAGAAGAAAUGGGGGGAAUUGGUAAGCGUGCUACUGGGACUUGGACUCCAACUGGGCGUUACCAGGAAGGGCGCGAAUGUAACUAUCAUGCUGAUUUAG